GAUAGAGAGUACAAAGUCCCCACUUUACACUGCAAGAGCUGUUCAGAAAAAAAAACUAGUUGCACUUGAGAGUUAUGUUUCUGUAAUUAGUGAACUUCUCCAAGGGGUGCAUGAAGUCUCAGUCCCUUCUCUAAAGACAGCACCAGGUCAGCACAAGGCUCUUGGUGCGGUGGUAACCCUGAGCUGAAAUAGGGCCUUUGGAAGGUAGAGGCAACGCGCUGCAGCCAGGACCUGUCACAUUACUCUCAGCUCCACAGUGGGACCAGGUCACCUGAAUGCAGUGAAGGAGGGUAGCACAGUCUGAGUGCAAGUAGACCAAACACAGGGAAACAAGGACACUUGCAGCAGUAACUGAGUCCAGCGUGGGAUUUGGAAGACAUUUUUGCCUUGGAGACAAGGUGAUCACAGCUGUGUGCCACUUUGUGGUUAAAAGAACUCCAGAUCUUUUGUAAGACGUGGGACUCUUGAUAAAGAGAAGUCGCAAUGGACUAUGACUACCCAGAAUUGGAUCCACUGCCAUCCAAAAUUGAACCAGAAGUAAUCCCUCCCUGUGACCCUACUGCUGAUGACAGGCUCUAUCAUAUAUGCAUCACUGUGAUAUCUCUUGUUGUCAUGCUGAUUCUGGCGGUGUUGGCAAGGCGCAUGAAGGUCGGCGACAGACAGAAAGGACUCCCAGGUUUACUCAGUCCGGUGAACUUCCUGGACCAUACGCAGCACAAGGGCUUGGCAGUGGCUGUGUUUGGAGUGCUCUUGUGCAAACUGUGGGGCCUGCUCAUAUCACCAAACCCUCUCCCCUUCACAACAGACACCGUGAACAAACAGAACUGGGUGAUUCUGGGAGUCUUCUUUUACCCCGCGCUAUACUACCCUCUCCUGGCAUGUGGCACUUUACAUAAUAAAGUUGGCUAUGUACUCGGUAGCCUCUUGUCUUGGACACACUUUGGUGUUCUGGUAUGGCAGAUAAUUGACUGCCCAAAAACACCAGUGAUACACAAACACUACUCUCUUUUCUCCAGCCUGCCCCAGAUUGCUUGCUUGGCAUUCCUUAGCUUUCAGUAUCCCCUUCUUCUGUUCAAGGGCUUAAAGGGCACUGAAAAGAACAAUGCUACAGAGGAUCUGAGCAGCAGCUACUAUAGAGACUAUGUCAAGAAAAUGCUCAAUAAGAAAAAGUCUACCAAAAUCAGCACGUCGAGCACAGACAAGCCCAAACUCCCCCAAAGAAUAACCGAUGCUGUGAAAUCUUACAUUUAUACACCAGAGGAUGCUUUCCGUUUUCCCCUGAAGCUGGCUAUAUCUGGUGUUGUGUCUUUCAUAACCCUGUAUCAGAUGGGUCUUCUGCUGAUCUCAGCAGUCGUGCCGUCUCUCCAGACUGCUCGUUUGGGAGUCAAUGAAGAUGUUGCAAACCUUUUAGCUGGUUUCAGAAUCAUGCUGUCUCCAGACAAACAUGAAGUGGUUCGGAUAGUGGUUUAUUACAUGUGGUGUGUAGAGGUGUGUUAUAUUUCAGCAAUGACCCUGUCUGGUUUGGUCAACCUGGCUAUGCUCAUGCGAUCUAUGGUUCUGCAUCGGUCAAAUCUGAAAGGGCUGUACAGAGGCGAUAGCUAUAAUGUUUACAACUGCCAGAGAAAUAUCAGAGCUUCCCGGCCUGCACUCGUCUGCUGGAUGGGAUACACCAGCUUUACAGCAGCUCACAUCUGCAUUGGCAUGAUCAUCCAGACCAUAGUGUUCUUCCUCUGCCUUCUGAUUGCAGUCUUCCUUGUUAUCAUACCUGUCCUCCACAGACAGAAUCUGAUUCUCUUUCAGGUCCUGUGGAGCAUGUGGCCUUUCUGGCUCAUGCUUCUCCUGGUUGUGUUGAUUCAACACGUCAUCGCCAGGUUUUGCUUCAUCAAAAAGACAGGAGGCACACGAGACCUAGACAACAGGGGUAAUCUGUUCCUGCUGACAUACCUGAUGUUUCCUGUUAAUGUUUUGAUCGGGGUGAUACUGGGAAUCUGGCGCAUGAUCAUCACAGCCCUGUUCAACAUUGUCCACAUGGGACGUAUGGAUAUCAGUCUUCUUAACCGCAAUGUGGAGGCUUUUGACCCAGCCUACCGCUGCUAUGCUCAUUAUCUGAAGAUCGAGGUGAGCCAGUCUCACCCUGUGAUGAAGGCCUUCUGUGGGAUGCUGCUGCAGUCUGUGGGCCAGGACACCAAAGCUGGACAGAGGUCACAAGAUGCCGAAGAAGGGAUCCAGCUCGUCCAGCAGGAUAAGAAGCAGAACAAAGUGUCCAUUGCCAAGAGAGCCCGCAGGCACUGGCAGCUCCUCUACACCCUGGUCAACAACCCCUCCCUUGUGGGCACCAGGAAGCACUUCCAGCGUCAGACCGCAGACAGCUUUCUGAAUGGAAGCCUGAACCGCAGCACCAGGGAGGAGAGCAAAAAGGAGGCUACGACCAAGGAGGCAGAAGCCGCUGCCAGCAACUAAUCAAGAAUGCGAUACUGAUUAUGUACUGGCUGCAGAGUCUCUUCCGGUUUGGGUCUGCGUUUGUACUAUUUGUCUGCAUUUGGUGAAAUACAUGCAUUAUAGCUCAGUGCCUAGUGUAAAGAUAUUCACCAAGUCUUUCCUAAACGCCUGGAGAUUCGGAGUCCCUCCUGUGCUUUUCAUGCUCUCCUGUCUGUGAGGACCUCAGUCUCCAGUCUGAUGGGAAUGCUUGUGUGGCACUGAUCACCUAGUAAACACACUUAUAAAAAUAAUUUUCUAAACAUGUAUGUGCUUAUUUUGGGAUAGAACUCAUUUGCACUAAUAGCCUUUAAUCAUGUAUUAUUUUCAACAUUCAACAGUGCAGAUAAUAUAAAAUGAUGGUUAUCCAACUAAAAACAUGGAUGCACAAGUCAAUGAAUCAUCCCUUUGAAUGGGAGUUCAUAUAUAGAGUGACAGAGAAGGGCAGAAAGACAGAACAUCUGAUCUGAAUAUAAAUAAUGAACCAUUGUCAUACUGUGGCCAAUAAAUUCUCUUUUCCCCCAUCUUUAGGCUACACACAUUGUGUAUCUGACAUUAACCUGUGGAAUAGACUGUAUAUUUAUUCUGUUUUAAUUUGUAGACUUUUAAGUCAAAACAUCUUACUGUUUCCAGUAUUUCCAGUUCUUGUCAAAUAAACAUCUUCUUGUUUCUAAUGUUCCGUGAUAUUUCACCAUUUGUCUGCGCAUUUAUGCCUGCCGACUUUUAAAUGAAAAUAUACACAUCCGAUUGUUUUUUUUUCCUGAUAACUGUGAAAAUAAAAUGAAAAAUACAGUUUUA